GCUGCACUCAUCUGUAGGCUUCGUUGACGUGUUGCAUGCCCCCGUCAACACGUAACAAGAUAACGCAGAACGACAAACCUUCUGAUACUAUCAAACCGUUUCAUGAGCUCAGUCGCUCCGAGCGCGAAGAACAAAUCCAGGUUGCACUACACCGGCUUCAAAACUUCCAGCGUCUAGGGGAGCGUGCCGUAGUUUCCCAAGUUGCUAGAGAUAUGGGGGUCCCAGGCUCCACUCUUCACGCUCGAUGGAAGAACAUUCACGGAUCAAAAGCCGAAGCCUCUGCAGCUCAACAAUACCUCCCUCCUUCCCUUGAGGCCGUUCUUGUUCAGUGGAUCAAAUAUCUCGGAUCUGUUGGUGUGCCGCUGUCCAAGAAAUCGAUUCGAAUUCGGGCUGCACAUCUCCGAGCCGAUAAGAAGAAGCCCAGCCGCAAUUGGAUCCCACGGUUCCUCAAACGUCACUCGGACAUUGUGCUUGCCACGGCAUCGGGUCUUGAUCCUAGACGUGCUCAGGCCUUCAACCAACCUGUUGUCGAUCGCUACUUCGAUGUCCUUGCAGGCACACUGGACGAGCAUGAAAUUCCAGUCGAGAAUAUCUAUAACAUGGAUGAGAAGGGCUGCCAACGAGGCGGUGGGAAGAAGUCGGCCCGGGUCAAAUACUUCUAUUCCCGUCGACAGCGUGCAAAAUAUCGCCACCGAAGCGCAAAUCUCGAGCUCAUCACCAUUCUAGAAGCUGUGUGCGCUGAUGGAUCAACACUGAAACCUGGUUUUGUUUUUCCUGGGGUCGAGCACUGUCCUGAAUGGUUCAACGAGAAUCAAAAUAUACACGUUUCGAUGUCACCUAAUGGAUGGACAGAUAAUGAGAUCUUCAUUGAAUGGCUGCGGGACUGUUUCAUACCACAAGCCAAAGAUCAUGCAAAAGAAUGCGGCACGCAAAACAAGUCAAUCCUUCUCAUUCUUGAUGGCCACGGCUCCCACGAGACAUAUGAAGCCAUCGACAUUGCAAUCGAGCACAAUGUCAUUAUAUUAUGCUUGCCACCGCAUACAACUCACAAACUGCAGCCACUUGAUGUUGGCGUUUUUGGCCCGUUCUCACGAGCAUGGAUCGAACACUGUGACACCAUCCUAGACCUCACACAGCAGGAGAUGCGCAAAGAAGACUUCAUCAAAGAAUAUAUGCAUGUGCGUGCCGAAACAUUCAAGAAGACGACAAUUAUCUCUUCCUUCAAAAAGAGCGGCAUGUAUCCUGUCAAUCGUGAUGCAUUUACUGCAGAAGACUAUGCCACCAGCAUCCCAUUCUCCACUGCUGCGCCUGAUAUUCCAGACUUACCAGAUUUCCCUGAAUAUAGACGGCUGUGCUCACAAUCGUCAGAUCUGCAGCUCUCUACAUCUCGUCCCGACCUUGCCUUGGAGCCGGAACUAGAUCUCAGACCAGCAGUGCAACCACCUUGUGACGAGUCGGAUGGCAGCAGCGAAUCGGACACAGAUCCUAAUGACAAUGAUGUUAGUUGCGAGCAGCCUUACACACCCCGUCCAAAUCCUCUGGCUCGGCGCAGUGGUGUGCCACCAUUGCCACAACCCUAUGUCUCGCAUACCUCGAAUUCGACCGCUGUCCAUCCAUCUGGAUUCUAUCAUGACCCGGUGCUGUUUGGCCGGAUACAACGCCUCGAGGGUGAGGUUCAAGCUCUUCAUGGCCACAUGGUGCUGCUCGAGGAUGAAUUGCGCGAUACAAAGAGGAAGCUUUUGGCACGCACCAAUGAACCAAGCAAGAAACGAAAGCUCAAUGUGGAAGCACGGUGCUUAACAUCGGCAGAGGGAAAGCGGUUGGCCAAGGAGGCAGAUGACGAGAGGCAAGCUAAGGAGCGGGCACUGGAAGAAAAAGAAAGGCGGCAGAAAGAGAAAGAGCUUGAAAUGGUGAAGCGGCGGCAAGAACGCGCUCCAGAUGCGCCGUUUUUUGGAUCACUUGCGGGAAAGAACAAAGAAGAGUUAAUGGAUCUUGCAUUCGACCUCCGCCUCAACGAAAAAGGAACAAAAGCGGCCCUGGUUUCACGCAUCGAGCAGCACUUCAACGAGAAUCCAUCCAAGAAGAGUUUAGAGAAGUAUGGAGGGUUGUUUGGUGCAAAGCGUGCACGGCAACGUGGCACAGUUUUGGGGACAAAUAUUCCGCUCGCCGCUGCUCUGCCUUCAGCCCCUACACCGGCUCUUCCUCCCUUGAAUGGCUCCCAGAUUCCAACGAUCGCUUCGUUCACACCUCCAUUCCAAUUCGAUCACUCUUAUCCUCAUCCCCCGACACAGUUACAGCCCAGUCACGCACACUUUUACUCUGCAUCUCAUCCCCAAAUGAUAUACGGACAGCCGGAUCCCUUACAUACAUACUCAUCAUCCGUUAAUCCCUAA